AUGCCUUGUCUGCUAACUGAGUCAUCCGGUCCAUUGAAGUCAAACGGGCGCUCCUGUCCUCCUAUUGUUACCGCUACCGGCCCGAAGUGUUGUCCACGUCCUUUUUCCUGCCAGCGGACUUAAUUCCAGGUGCUCAAUGAAUCACGGGGAUUGAGGUUUCACAGAAUUGAGCUGCAGCGAACAGUUAGUUGACCGUCGCUCAAAGAUGGCUGGAGCUCCUGUUAGGUCAGCGACUUCGCAGUCAGGCAAGAUGAAAAAGGACGAAUCUUUCCUUGGAAAAUUAGGAGGAACGCUGGUUAGAAAGAAGAAGUCCAAAGAAGUGAGUGACCUUCAUGAGGAGGGGAAGAAUGCCAUCAACACUCCCAUGCUGCCCUCUGGGACUGAAAUCCACCCUGAGGACACCAUGCUGGAAGAGAAUGCUGAGAGGAACAUGCUGGAUCCGACCUCAAGGGAGAAUCCAAAAUUCAAAGAUCUUCAGAGGGUAUUGAUAGACUGGAUCAACAAUGAGCUGGAAGAGGACAGGAUCAUCGUCAAAGGCUUGGAGGAGGAUUGCUAUGAUGGACAGGUGCUUCAGAAAUUAUUUGAGAAGCUGUCUGGGCGUAAGCUGAACGUGGCUGAGGUGACCCAGUCAGAGAUAGGACAGAAACAGAAGCUCCAGACGGUACUGGAGGCCGUCAACGAGCUGCUCCGGCCUCACGGCUGGUCCAUCGAGUGGAGCGUCGACUCUAUCCAUGCUAAGAACCUGGUGGCCAUAGUGUACCUGCUGGUGGCUCUGGCCAUGCACUACCUGGCCCCCAUCAGACUGCCAGAGCACGUCUCUGUACAGGUGGUGGUGGUCAAGAAAAGAGAAGGCAUACUGCAGACGUCUCAUGUGACUAAGGAGCUGACGAGCACUACAGAGAUGAUGAUGGGUAGAUUUGAAAGGGAUGCAUUUGACACCCUCCUGGAUCAUGCACCGGACAAGCUCAACGUUGUGAAGAAGUCCCUCGUCACCUUUGUGAACAAACACCUGAACAAGCUGAACCUGGAGGUCACGGAGUUGGAAUCCCAGUUUGCUGAUGGUGUGUACCUGGUGCUGCUGAUGGGACUGCUGGAGAACUACUUUGUCCCCCUCUACAACUUCUUCCUCACACCAGAGAACUUUGAGCAGAAGGUUCACAACGUGGCGUUUGCCUUUGAACUAAUGCAGGACGGAGGCCUAAAGAAACCCAAAGCCAGGCCGGAAGACGUUGUGAACUUGAACCUGAAGUCUACCUUGAGGGUGUUGUACAACCUGUUCACCAACUAUAAGAACUCCGAGUGAUGUCUACCUGCCACACGCACAGACACAGCCACAGUACAGUGUGAGGAGAAUGAAGGCACUGUGUUUGUGCUACCUUCACACUGGCUGAUGUCUGAACCCCUUGAGGAACCCACUGGGACUAAACCAAAGGCCAACCCCUUGUAUCAGUGGGAUGGUGUGAAGAGACUCCGAAUGUUUGUAUUUAAUCUCCCCAAUGUCAGUAUUUAAAUCCUCCUUUAUGCUAACCCUACCCAAGCACACGUAUGUUUCAUGUUUUAGUACUCAGUCAAGACUGUAGAAUGAUUCAUGCAAUUGGAAAACAUGGGUUUGUAUUUUAUGCAAAAAAGCCACUACUGCUUUAUAAGAAAAUAUUUAUGAUCCACUGUUGCAUAUGCUAAGACUUGCUGUAUAUCAUAUCUCAGAAAGCUUUGUACAUUAUUCCCAUAUCAUUAUUAUGGUAUUGUUACUACAUCUAUUGUUCUAUUGUAGGUUGUCAUUCCAAAAUAUGAUAUGAAUGAAUUCUAACAGUACUUUUAGAUUUCUCCGAUUGUUUAUAUGGACAGGUUCAAGCCAUAUUUCUUACCCGAUGCUGACCCUGUUGCCUUUCACCUUAAGUGCCAUGUUAUUCUCUUCCUACUGUACCCGAGAGAGCCACAAAGCAUUGUGGUAUUAACCUGCCCUUCAGACGAUUCCCAGUAGACCUUCCGGAGAACAGCUAGCGAGGCUCUCCACCCGCGAUGUAGCAGAGAGCGAGAGACCAGAGAGCUGCAUGUGGCCUACAGGAGUCCACUCAUGCAUUUUAGACCGAGGGUAAAUUAUUAAGAGGGAUGAGUCAAGUCUGGAUCGCCAGGAGAGCAGCUUGUCACACUGCUUGUAUGUAUCUGCUUCGAUGUCUGUCCAUCCCAAAAUAAAUGUUUCAACCCAGA